ACUCUCUUCACAGACUGCUGCAGAUAAGUGCUGAAUUGUGAAGGUCUUCUGUGAGAUUGAUACAUUGAUGAAUUCCAGGAUGGCCAUCAGUGUGAUUUUGUUUCUAACACUUACUGGGCUGUGCGUCACUGAUUCCAAAGAGAAUCUUGCUCUUCAUGCCAAGGUUGUGCAGUCCUCCACAUACAACCCACAGGGAGUUGCUCAACAUGCAGUAGAUGGAAACAGAAACUCAGAUGCCAAUAAGGGCUCAUGCACUCACACUAAUCCUGAGUUUAAUCCAUGGUGGAGAGUUGACCUUGGAAAUGUAUACAGUGUAAGCAACAUUACCAUCACUAAUCGUCAAGACUGUUGCAAAGAGCGGCUUAAAGGAGCUCAGAUUCGUAUUGGUAACAGUCUGGACAACAACGGAAACAACAAUGCACUGGUUGCAACUGUUCUCACUGUUCUUGGUGGCACAGAAACAUUUUCAUUUGAGCCUGUUAAUGGCCGAUAUGUCAACAUUUUUUUACCUGGGAACAAUGAAAUCCUUACUCUGUGUGAAGUCGAGGUGUUUGCAGAUAAGUACACACCACCGCACAUUUGUAAUCCAAGGAAUCUUGCUCUUGGAGCCACAGCUGUCCAGUCUACCACAUACCCUCAAUCAGGACCCCAAAAUGCUGUUGAUGGCAACAGGAAUUCAAUUUUCAGUCGACUAUCAUGCAGUGCAACUAAUGCAGACAGGAACCCCUGGUGGAGAGUUGACUUAUUGGAAGUCUACAAGAUAACCAGAGUUAGCAUUACUAAUCGUGGAGAUUGUUGUCCAGAGAGAAUAAAUGGUGCUCAGAUCCGUAUCGGCAACAGCCUGGAAAAUAAUGGCAACAAUAAUCAGCUGGCUGCGACUGUUGUGUCCAUCCCACUUGGAGAGACACAGACAAUUGAGUUUAAGCCUGUUAGGGGGCGAUAUGUCAACAUUUUUAUACCUGGUCGCAAUGAAUAUCUCACACUGUGUGAGGUUGAGGUGUUUUCAGAUUAAGUGGAAUGAGAUGAUGUUACACCACAGUCAACUGAUCCUUUAAGCAAAAUACCAAAAUACCGUGUUCUGAGAAAUACUAUUACACUUUUUUCAUUGCUUUUAUUUUACCAAUGUACCGCUUAUCCUUAAGAUAAAAGAUAAUUUUCAGUGCACAUUCAGUAAAGGUUUGAAAUGGUUUUUAAAAUUCACCUGAUUCUUAACCCCAGUUUGAUCCAGGGGGGUAUGCAUUUACCCAGCUUUGUUUAUCUUUGUUUCUCUUUCCUACAUUAAUAAAUUACUUAAGCAUUGCAUGUUGUAUUUCAUGUUUCUGGCUCAUUUGGAUACUUACAAUGAGGAGGAGGUUUAGUGUUAUAUAGUUACCCAUCUAGAGUUGAGGAGCAGGUAACAAAGUAAAGAAGAAUUACAUUUUUCAAAAAACUAAAAAUAAAAAAAGAUGACAUUGAGAGAACGAGAGAACGAGUCAAACCCUCUUUCCCAGAAUCAACAACACAACCAUCAAUUCAACCAGUAUUAACUUUUAAUUUUCUGUUAUGAAGAGUAAAAAAAAAUGCACAAAAGUAAAACAACAAUCAUAACAGAAAUAUCAUUAUAAACAAUAAUAAUAAUGAAAAUAGGGGUGAAAGCUUCAGGUGAGAGCCUUGCCAAAAUAACAAACAAAAAAAUGAACUAAUCCAGAAAUCUCUCUAAAUUAACUGGAGAAAAUGAAUCCAGAAAAAUAAUUUACAUAACACUUCCCUCUCUCCCAGUUUAACCAUAAACAGGAGAAAUCAGGAUUGCAAACAAAAAUUGCACCCUCCAUCUACAUUCCCCAAAACAAGAAAGAAAUAAAGAUGCAGAAGAAACAACCUAUUUACAAC